AUGGCGGAGGAAAGUGGUAUUUACGCGGAGGAUAUUGUCAAGAAUUCCCAGGGAGUUGUAGGCCUGGUUUUAGAAGAUGCCGAAGAAACUACUGACGAAUCGGAAAGUGACGAAGAAGCGCUCAAAAAGGGACAGAUCGUGGUUUGUUGGUACCCGUCAGGACUUUCUCCACUACAGGAUUUUAUACCAGGAGUGCAUGUCAGCAUGGGUCCCUGGCUUGGAAUAGUUACUGAGGUUUAUCGCAAAGUUGUACUUAGGAUCAAAAAUGGUUCCAGAUGCAGCUUGGAAGGAGAACAGUCCUCUAUGUUGUAUGACUUGAGUGAUCAACGAGAUGAGGAUUCGCCAUUCUAUUCAGCAUCGUUUUAUCCUGGUCAGAAAGUGGCUGGUCCUGCCAGAGCGUUCAAAGAAGCACGAUGGUUAUCAGGAGUAAAACCACUCAUUCAUAACCAAGCACAGAUAAAAGGAACAGUGGAGGAGGCAAGCGUUAUAGCAUGUGAUGUAGACUGGCAGGUCUGUGGUGCGUGUCAACACUGUGUCGAUGAAGAUGAAAGUCUCAAGCCACCUGAUGCUACAGUGACUCAGGACCAGCUUCACAGGUCAAAUCAGUUCAUUUUUGUGUGUUGAUGACGGGCUUA